AUGGUGGCGGCCAAGCAUACUCUUGCUGCACUUGCGGCUUACUUGACCACGGCUUCUGCGGUCAUUUUCAAGCCACAGAAUGAGUAUAAAGCGCUUUCUGCAGAUAACGCAUCAUUUGCUAUCAAUCUACAGCCAUGGUUCAAUAAUCGUGCCUUUGGGUUGAAACCAAAUGACUCAAGCUUUGAUGGCGACGGAAACUCAUACCCAGCGACGCAAAUUCCACCUGAGAAGUUCACGUAUGGUGGAUUCAACUAUCAAUUCUCCGCGUACAAUGCCACCGGCUUUGAUAACAUACUCGUCAAAGGGCAAACCGUCGAGGUGCCUCGAGGAAAGUAUUUCAGUUACCAAAUGCUAGCAGCUUCGGAGUCUGGAAUGGCUUCAGGCUCAGUUACAGCCAAAUACGCUGAUGGCAGCUCCACAAAUGGGCCACUCCUGGUUCCCGCUUGGUGGAGUUGGCCAUACCCUGCUGGAGGUGACUUGGUAUUCUCUUGCUACCUGACCGACAACAACACCAAUUAUAAUAGAUCCAACAUCUUCCAGACAAUCAAUUGGUUAGAUUCGUCCAAGGAGCUUGUUUCACUGACAUUUCCGAACAGCUCAGCUGGGUCGUCGACAUCGCCUGGAGGAGCAUCGGUUAACACAAAACUGCAUGUUUUUGCUCUUUCAAUGCUGCCGGUGACAAAUUCCGAUCAUGGAUCAGCGAGACUAGAGAUACAGUAUGCUCGCUCCACACAGAAAUGGAUGGAGGGAACCGACAAGGUUCAAAUCAUUGAAGCUAUCAUCAAUAACGUGGGCUCCGAGAUUAUUCUCCGCAAUAAUGCAGUGCAAGUCCAUGUUGAGUCCCCGGGCCUGGAAACUGUGACUGAGGGUAUCAUUAAACGACUUGGACCUGGAGAUCAGGCAAUCGUGGAGAUUGGCGUUCGAACCCGCAAAGAAGUGAAACCAGGAGAUUCUGGCCCGGCAACGGUAGUUAUCAAAGGCCAAAAAGUCACAUCCUCGGAAUAUAAGUUUACUGCGACCUAUGGGAUCAGCAAAUACGAAGCUACCUAUGAGUCUAUCUACGGUCAUGAAGCACCGAACUGGUAUAACAAUGCCAAGUACGGUAUUUUUAUUCACUGGGGAGUAUACUCAGUACCUGGAUGGGGAAAUGUGGGUCCCAAAGAGAGCUAUGCUGAAUGGUACUGGUGGUGGAUGAACGAGGGACCCAGCAACCCAACGGAUGUGUAUGAUUACCAUCUUAAGACGUAUGGCAAGGAUCUUGUCUAUGAUGAUUUUAUCCAGAACUUCACUGCCAGUGCAUGGGAUCCAAAGGAGUGGGUGGACUUGUUUGCAGAUGCCGGCGCCAACUACUUCGUUCAGGUCAGCAAGCAUCAUGAAGGGUAUGCCCUUUUUGACCUCCCAGAAAACGUGACGAAGAGAACUUCGGUUGCAUUGACUCCACACCGUAAUCUUGUCAAGGAAUUAUUCGAUGCCUCGAAGAAGUAUCAGCCACACCUGCACCGCGCCGUCUACUACUCGUUGCCAGAAUGGUUUCACCCUGAUUAUAAGAAAUACGGAUUCUCAUCAUGGCCUGGAGGCAAUGCGACCAACCCUUUCACCAACGAGACUUUACCUUACACUGGCUAUGUUCCUCUGAACGACUAUGUCACCGAUAAGAUUGUACCGGAAAUGAAUACCCUGGCCGAUAUGGGUACAGAGAUUAUGUGGUGUGACAUUGGAGGUCCCAAUCGUACAACCGAAUUUGCGAGCGCAUGGUUUAAUCGAGCCGCAGAGCAGAAUCAACAAGUGGUCAUGAAUGCCCGCUGCGGUCUUCCUGGCGAUUUUGACACUCCCGAAUAUGCCCGUUACAACGGUGUCCAGGUCCGCAAGUGGGAGAGUAACCUGGGAAUGGAUCCUUUUAGCUACGGCUAUAACCGAGCUACCCCCCUGGCCAGCUACAUGAAUGCCAGUACUAUCGUCACCAGUUUAAUUGAUAUCAUCAGCAAAAACGGCAACUUCCUGCUGGAUGUUGGACCUACUGCCAACGGAACGAUUGUCGACAUCGAGCAACAACAUCUUCGCCAGGCUGGUGCUUGGAUCAAGAGCCACGCAGAGGCUAUUUAUAACACAACGUACUGGUUUGUGACACCGGAAGAAGGGGACAAUAUUCGAUUCACCAUUUCGCAGAAUGCUUUCUACAUUCAUUCCCUCGUGAAGCCGAACAGCACCUUGACUUUGUCUAGUCCGAUUCCAUGGGUGCAUGGUGAUCGAGUUACAGUCGUCGGAGGUAAGAAGGAUGGCACCGUCGUACCUGCUCAGAAAUUGAGCAACGGCUCCAUCGCGUUAUCCGUAAGCAAGGAGGUUUCUGCCGGAGAUCAAUAUGCUUGGGUGUUCAAGAUUCCAUAUUGA